AUGGUGCUUGUCCUAAUAAUUGGUGACUUGCACAUCCCACACCGUGCACACGACCUCCCAGCCAAAUUCCGCAAACUUCUUGUUCCAGGAAAAAUUCAACAGAUCCUUUGCACAGGGAACGUUUGUGACCGCGAGACCUACGAGUACCUGCGCACUAUAGCAGGAGAUGUGUAUGUUGUCCGAGGGGACUAUGAUGAGAGCGCCAGCUUUCCGCCAUCUGCAACCAUAGUGCAUACUCCAAUACGAAUUGGAGUGAUUCAUGGGCACCAGUGUGUACCGACUGGCGACCUUGAUGCUCUCAGUGGAUUGGCACGGCAAAUGGACGUAGAUGUGCUUGUUUCAGGGCAUACGCAUACCUUCCAGGCAAUUGAAUAUGAUGGUCGUUUCUUCGUGAAUCCUGGGUCCGCGACUGGCGCAUGGACAGGCUCAUAUAACGGUGAAAUAACACCAUCAUUUGCACUCAUGGACAUUCAGGGCGCUGUCGUUGUCACGUAUGUAUAUCAGCUUGUGGAGGGCGAAGUCCGUGUUGAGAAAAUUGAGUACCGCAAAGAGGUAGAGGCUCCCAAGCCGGCUCAGUCCCAAUCGGCCACAUCAAUUCCCCAGAGUGGGGUAACACCACAGAAUAUACCGAGCAGUCCUCAGGCAGGGCAGACGUUUUGGUGA